UGCUCCAUCUCCAUCUCCUGGGCACCCGCGGCGAGGUGGGAGCAGCUGCGCCCGCCAGGGGCCGCUGCCGACCAGGGCGAACCUCCCUCCCCUCCCUCCCCCUCACCUAGGAGGCAGCUGCAGCAAGCGGAGCUGGGAGCGAGUGCAUUGCGAGGCGGGCUGGAGGGAGGGAGGCGUGAAGAAAGCGAGGGUGGCUGCUGGAGGGAGCCUCCGCCUCCGCUGCACCAGCCCGCCCGGGUCCCAGCGGAGACCAUGGGGAGCUCCGAGCGGGGAUCGCGCGCCGCUCCCGCGCCUAGCCUCCUGCAGCCGUGAGAAGCCGAGUCGGGACUCCCCCCCAACCCCAGAACCGCGGGGAGGAUGACUAUGGCUGGGGGCAGGAGGGGGCUGGUUGCCCCUCAGAACACGUUUCUGGAGAAUAUUGUCCGGAGGUCCAAUGAUACCAACUUUGUGCUGGGCAACGCUCAGAUAGUGGACUGGCCCAUCGUCUACAGCAAUGAUGGAUUUUGCAAGUUAUCAGGAUAUCACAGGGCGGAAGUCAUGCAAAAAAGCAGUACCUGCAGUUUUAUGUAUGGGGAGCUGACAGACAAAGAUACAAUUGAGAAGGUGCGGCAGACGUUUGAGAACUAUGAAAUGAACUCUUUCGAAAUUCUGAUGUACAAAAAGAACAGGACACCUGUGUGGUUCUUUGUGAAAAUUGCUCCAAUUCGAAAUGAACAGGAUAAAGUGGUUUUAUUUCUUUGCACUUUCAGUGACAUAACAGCAUUCAAACAGCCAAUUGAGGAUGAUUCAUGUAAAGGUUGGGGAAAAUUUGCUCGGCUAACCAGAGCACUGACAAGCAGCAGAGGGGUCCUGCAGCAGCUGGCUCCCAGUGUGCAGAAGGGUGAAAAUGUUCACAAGCAUUCCCGCCUGGCUGAGGUUUUGCAGCUGGGUUCAGACAUUCUUCCCCAGUACAAGCAAGAGGCACCAAAGACUCCCCCUCACAUCAUCUUACAUUAUUGUGUUUUCAAGACCACUUGGGAUUGGAUCAUCUUGAUCUUAACUUUCUACACUGCCAUUUUGGUCCCUUACAAUGUCUCUUUUAAAACAAGACAGAACAAUGUGGCUUGGCUGGUUGUGGACAGUAUUGUGGAUGUCAUUUUCCUGGUGGACAUUGUACUUAAUUUUCAUACUACCUUUGUUGGACCAGCUGGGGAGGUGAUCUCUGACCCCAAACUCAUCCGCAUGAAUUACCUGAAGACCUGGUUUGUGAUUGACCUGCUGUCCUGUUUGCCAUAUGAUGUUAUCAAUGCAUUCGAGAACGUGGAUGAGGGAAUCAGCAGCCUGUUUAGCUCAUUGAAAGUUGUUCGACUCCUACGUCUAGGACGGGUAGCCCGCAAGUUGGAUCACUACAUUGAGUAUGGAGCUGCAGUCCUCGUCCUGCUGGUGUGUGUGUUUGGAUUGGCAGCCCACUGGAUGGCCUGUAUCUGGUACAGCAUUGGAGAUUAUGAGAUCUUUGAUGAGGACACAAAAAUGAUCCGUAACAACAGCUGGCUCUACCAGUUGGCUAUGGAUGCUGGGACGCCUUACCAGUUCAAUGUGUCUGGCCUGGGGAAGUGGGAAGGUGGCCCCAGUAAGAAUUCUGUCUACAUCUCUUCCUUGUACUUCACCAUGACCAGCCUCACCAGCGUGGGGUUUGGGAACAUUGCCCCCUCCACAGACAUAGAGAAGAUCUUUGCAGUCGCUAUAAUGAUGAUUGGCUCCCUUCUGUAUGCCACCAUCUUUGGAAACGUGACCACCAUUUUCCAGCAGAUGUAUGCUAACACUAACAGGUACCAUGAGAUGCUCAAUAGUGUUCGGGACUUCCUGAAGCUCUACCAGGUGCCAAAGGGACUCAGUGAACGAGUCAUGGACUAUAUUGUAUCCACUUGGUCUAUGUCCAGGGGCAUUGACACUGAAAAGGUUCUCCAGAUAUGUCCCAAGGACAUGCGGGCUGAUAUCUGUGUGCACCUAAAUCGCAAGGUAUUCAAGGAGCAUCCAGCAUUCCGGCUUGCCAGUGAUGGCUGCCUACGGGCACUGGCCAUGGAAUUCCAGACGGUUCAUUGUGCCCCUGGUGACCUCAUCUACCAUGCUGGCGAGAGUGUCGACAGCCUAUGCUUUGUGGUUUCAGGUUCUUUGGAAGUGAUUCAGGAUGAUGAGGUGGUAGCCAUCUUGGGAAAAGGAGAUGUUUUUGGAGAUGUAUUCUGGAAGGAAGCCACGCUUGCCCAGUCUUGUGCCAAUGUCAGGGCUUUAACCUACUGUGACUUGCAUGUGAUUAAGCGGGAUGCCCUCCAGAAAGUGCUAGAAUUCUACACAGCUUUCUCUCAUUCCUUCUCAAGAAACCUUAUCCUCACAUACAAUCUAAGGAAAAGGAUUGUGUUUCGAAAGAUCAGCGAUGUGAAGCGGGAAGAAGAAGAGCGAAUGAAACGGAAGAAUGAGGCGCCCCUCAUCCUGCCCCCAGACCACCCUGUCCGAAGGCUUUUCCAGAGAUUCCGGCAGCAGAAGGAGGCCAGACUGGCGGCAGAAAGGGGAGGCCGGGAUUUGGAUGAGCUGGACGUGGAGAAGGGCAACAUUCUGUCAGAGCACUCCUCCGCUAACCACACCGUGGUAAAGGCCAGCAUCGUCACUGUCCGCGAGAGCCCGGCCACUCCUGUCUCUUUCCAGUCAGCAUCUACCUCAGGGGUGUCAGACCACGCCAAACUACAUGCCCCUGUGUCUGAUGGCUUGGGCCCCAAGGGGGGUGGGGGGGACUGUCCCCGACGCAAAGGCUGGGCUCGUUUCAAAGAUGCCUGUGGAAAGGGGGAGGACUGGAAUAAAGUCUCCAAGGCGGAGUCCAUGGAGACCCUCCCAGAGAGGACAAAGACAUCUGGGGAGGCUACUCUGAAGAAGACAGACUCUUGUGAUAGUGGGAUCACCAAAAGUGACUUGCGCCUGGACAAUGUUGGCGAGACCAGAAGUCCUCAGGACCGCAGCCCGAUCCUUGCAGAGGUCAAGCAUUCCUUCUACCCCAUCCCUGAGCAGACUCUUCAGGCCACCAUGCUGGAGGUGAAGCAUGAACUGAAGGAGGACAUUAAAGCUCUAAACAAUAAAAUGGCGAACAUUGAAAAACAGCUCUCUGAGAUACUAAGGAUAUUAACUUCCAGAAGAUCUUCUCAGUCCCCCCAGGAACUCUUUGAAAUAUCAAGGCCCCAGUCCCCAGAAUCAGAGAGAGACAUUUUUGGAGCAAGCUGAGGGGCCCAUUUAUUUAAAAAUUAAAAUAAAAACUUAAACAUUACAACCCCUCUUCUGGAAACACAUGCAUACAGCUAACAUUUUCUUCUCAAUGUAAGAUUUUCUCAUUGAUGGAAAAUCAGUGAGGGACUGGUGGAUCCGGCAUGCCCCCCACUCUCUGGACAAAGAGAAAUUUGUCACCAUUCUGCAAGAUGGCAGUUGUAUUGGAGGUGGCUUAGCACAAAUUUGGAAGAGGGGGUACACUGUUCAAAGAGUAUUUUCCUUUUCUCUUCAGUUUGGACGUUUUUUUAAACUUCCACAAUGUUUGGUAAAAAAAAAAAAAUUAGAGAGAGAGGAAAAAAACCAUCAGCCUUUUGAGGAUUGAAAGGGGUGGCUGGAAUGUGUUCACAUGGAGGUGAGCUUCAGCUCCUUUGCCAAAUCCCCAAAGACUCUGGAAGGUGCAAGAAUCUCUAGCACCUACCUUCUGGGCUGCCUUCCUGUACACUUGUGCAGACAGUAUCCAGUGUCAGAGUAUAUUUUCGUAUCCUAACAAUCAUUUGUAACAAGCAUGGGGAAAAGGAGGGAACAGGUAGAAGGACAGAACUCCUUUUAUCCUUUCAUCUAUCAUGAUCCAAGACCAAAAGACAGAUGCAGGUAUUGUGUCUCCUACGAAAGGUUAGAAUCAUGAAGCCCUGGGGAUUUACCUCAGGGUCUGAAACCCAGUGGGUUACUCGGGGAUAUUCAGUGACUUGGAUUUUUAUGUGUCUCCUCACUACUUCUGAGUCCCCAAGGCUGCUGAAUGCCUGCAUAGAGCCCUGAUCUCUUAUUCCAAAAGAGUUCAGAGCUGAGCCAAUUGCUAGAGGUAGGGAGACAGAGCCUCCUUACUCAGGAUCAUUAACAGGCCAUUUUUUCCCCUGGAAAUCUCACAUGGACACUGGGAACCUCUAUGUGAUUCCAGGUAUACAUUGGCUCCCAUCUCCAGAUGUGGUUCUACCUUUUGGACAAUUAUAUAUCUGUACAACCCAAUGGGAUUGGAAUGCCAAUGUAGCAUUCUUUGGGGUAUACUGGAGAUGAAAAAAGUAUCAGGAACCCAGGUUUGACUUUUUUAAGGAUGAUAAAUAUUUUGUGGCAUGUAUGUUAUGUUUUUUUUUAUAAUUCUCAAUAGAAUUGACCUUUGCUUUACCUUUGUCCUUAGCCAGAAAUCAUUGUGGGACACUUACAAGUCCCCCAAUUGCUAUCUCAUAAACAGAAAUCCUUAGAUUAACUUGUAAGAGUUGUUUAAAAAUGGAAUGGAGUACCACAUUAAAUAAUGAGUUCCCCGACACUGGAGGAAUUCAAGCAGAAGCUGGAUGACCGCCAGUUGAAAAUAGAAAGGGGGAUGCCUUCUCCAUGGUCCCCAAAUGGAUUCAGUUCAGAACUGGAGGCCAUUAUGAGACACACUUUGGAAAAGCCAAACUCUGUGUCUCUUUGGCUCUAAACACCAGAAACAGUAUCAAAAAGCAAAGGGUAGGGUGAGGGGAUUGUGUAUAUGUGAAAGGGUUCAAGGAUUAUGUUUUCAUUUUUAACUGGAAAAAAAGGAAUCAAUAUUUCAAAAACAAGAGUAUAGCUGGUUCAGCUCAGUCUAUGGUUCAAAAAGGGCCCCAUAGCUAAGCCGAUAAAUUAAUGUUUGGGAGCUUUCCAAUGCAACUGGAGUUACUUCCCUAAAUGUUGGUUUCCUCCAGCAAUAUUUUGGGAUGAAGCAUAAAGAAGAGAGAGAGAACUAUCAGGUUUUUGGACCCACAGAUGAUUCUGGAAUAUACAAAUCUCUGACGCAGAGUAAAGUUGGCUUGAGGUGUGCCCUACGCAAAGGCAGUAGGGACCCAAAAAGAGUCUAGAUGUUGGAAAUUCAGUGCUGAGAGCUUAGCAUUCGAAAGUCCAGGAUUAUAAAUGCAGCUGUGUCUUAAGCAUCGUUGGCCAGCUGGCCAGACCUAGCCUAUCAAUGACACUUGAGAAUCCCUGCUCCAAGUUUUAAUGAAAAGCAUCUUCUUGCAUGGACUCGGUAGUGGGGAUAUCAUUACAGAGCUGCUAUCUUUUGCUUAUGCUCGUUAACAUCCUGACACCAGUCUUCUUUAGGACCUUGAGAUAAUGGCGAGCUGACGUGCUAAAGGCACACAGUGCUUUUGAAAACUCUGUCAGGUCCCAUUCCUUUUAUCUUUACUCUGCAUCCACAGGAAGCACAAAGGGGCAAUUGGGUGGCCUUAGUGUUCCAGUUGCUCCAGGCCAGCACUGUCAGGCUCUCUCCUCAUUCUUCUAAGAAACUAGGUCUCAGAGUUCAAGGUUAUAAUCAUUCCCAGGAUGAUGUCAACACAAUGAAGAGCUUUCGUUUGAGGUUGAUGCAAUAAGUUGCUCUAACGGUGUUACUUAAGUCAUGGGCAGAAUCACAUAGGAUGAGGAGUAGCAUUUCACUUCUGUGAGAACAAAUGCCAGUUGCUUUGUAAUCUGUUUAAAAUGUCGGAGAAAGUUGUACCCUCCUACUUCCCAUCCUCCUACCAACUUGACAAGAUUUUUUUGCCUGUCUGGUGCUUAAUCAGUCUAUCAAUAAGCAUUUAUUAAGCACCUCUUAAGUGCCAGAAAUUAUGCUCAGCACUAGGGAUAAAAAUAGAAAAAAAUGAAACAAUUCCUGUCCUCAAAGAACCUCCAUUCUAAUCCAUCUUUCAUUCAAUGUACUGUGCUCCAGAGGAAAGUGAACAGAGCACACCUAUGUCUACAUCUCCCAGGUCACUGAAAUCUCUACAUGCUUUGGCCUUUUUUUUCCUAUUAGAAAUCAUAAGGGAAAAUGCUGUAAACUAUGUCUCUAAAACCUCAAGUCCCAUCUUUUCUUAGGCAGGGCAUGUUGCAUGAGGAAGGAAAAUCCUAUGUCUACUUCCAGGAAGUAUCUGACCCUAGAGACUAUACAUGCUAACUGCCAGCUUCAUAUUUCUUUCUUCUUUCUAACAGACCCCAAGGACCAGGCCAGAAGUAGUGUUGAGCCACAGGUCUAGCAAUGUGCCAGCCAAUAGAGCUAUCCUUCCCCUUCUUCUUAGUUCCAUUCCCUGAGAGGCAGCAUGAUACAAUAGAAAGUAUACCAGCUUUGGAGUCAGAAGACUUGAUUUUGAAUCCUGCCUUUCUUACUGGGUGACCUUGGGCAAAUUAAUCCAUCGCUCCAGAUCUCAGUUUCCUCAUCCAUAAAAUGAGGUGAUAACUAGAUGGUAUCUAUUUUUGACUUGGAGUCCAUGGUUUAUCCUUGUUCAAAGAUAUGUGGAUAUAUUUCAGGAGGUCUGUAAACCUGAAUAGGAAAAAAAAAGAUCUUUAUUCUCUAACUGAAAUUUAGAAUUUCAUUUAAUUAUUUAAAAUAGUAUUCUGAGAAUACUUCACCCAUAGACUGCUAAAGGGGUCCAGGACAGAAAAAAAAGGAUUAAGCACUUCUGUUCCAAUAUCUCUUUAAGCUCUAAAUUUAUGAUCAUGUGAUCUUAUUUCAUGGCAUGGACAAAUCUGUCUAUUAACACACAACUCAGAGUCAACACAGAAUUGAUCUUUAUUGGCACAAGUACCAGUUCUUGACCUUGUGGGAUGAUCCUCUUUUGGGAAUUAUCCUUUUGGAAUAACCAUAUUCUUAUAGGUCUAGUAUGUUCAUAACCUAGAAACCCCCAGAGAACUGUGAAAGAAUUUACAGAUGUGCUCUCUUUCACCCAUAAUCUCCCUUCCUAAAUGUGGCUCCCAAAUCUCUCCAAUAGUAAAGGCUCACAAGGCCUGGAGUUCAUAAAAAGUCAAUGACCUGACUUAUCAGCUACACCCAUGCUGGCCAAGGUGAAUGUGUGACCCACUGGAAAUCAGCUGUUGAGAGAUUAGAAAAACAACAGACAGACAACUAAAAGAUUUCCCCCAGGCAUCCAAGAUCUAGAAGUGGCCAAAACUUCGGAGAUCAUCCAGUUGUCAAAUCCUCACUUUUUGUAUCAAAUCCAGGAUGUCUUCCACACUUCCACAGCACCAUGCCCCACACGAUUGGAGAAACUUCUGGUUUGUUGAGUUUAGUCUUGGGGAAGACAAGGAAAAAAAUGAUUGAGAGAAGCUAGAGGAGCCAGCUCCUCCAUCUAGUUCUCAAUAUCUCAGAAUCUGGAUAUUGAAAUUGUACUUUAUGAGUAGGAGUCAAGUAAUAUCCUGAAGACUUCUAAGCAGGAUAUCGUCCAUCUUGGAUUAACAUGGCUUAUGGUCUGUGUUGUUUUGUGAGUGAUCCCUUACUUUUGAAUCUAAGUAUGUGCUUUUAUCUUUCAUUUGCCUCCAGUGGUGAUUUAAAAAGAAUUUCAUCAACUUUGUUCCCUUAAAAAAGUUGAAAAAUGUAUUUCCCCCUUUCUUUUUUAAACAGUUUUUGUUUGGGGUAUUUUUUUCUUCAUACGUCUGCUUAGUUUCAGUCUUCCUUCUGCUCCAAUUAGUCUUCUGCCAAUUCACUCUGGGUGAACAAGCUUUGUCCAAGUGCGUUAAAUAACAAUGACCUGACUUAUCAGCUACAUACAUGCCGGCCAAGGUGAAUGUGUGAUCCACUGGAAAUCAACUAUUGAGAGAUUAGAAAAACAAAACAAAAACAGACUAAAAGAUUUUCCUCCAGGCAUCCAAGAGUUGACAUACUAUUUGUUGAAAGGCUUUUUGCUACAAUGAAACACAGACCUACAGUGAGGCCUUCCUGGCAGAUGUAAAGGCCCCAAUAGUCCUAGGGGAUGCAAGUGGGGAAAUCUUUUAGGAAUCUUCACUCCUUUAGUCCUUUGCUGUAUAUAUCAAACAUAUUUUAACUUCUUUAAGCGUUGGAUUUAGGUCCUUUUCCAUGGAGCAAAAUGUUUGGCAAGAUGUCAGUAGCAGAAUUUGAACUCACAUCAUUUGAUUCCACAAUCAAUGAUCUUUUCCCUAUUCUCUGGGACAUCCAGAAAUGACAUCUCUAUUUCCUAUGGAGAGAUAUCCACAUGAAAGAGUGUAUUGGGAAGUUUCCAAAAUCCCAUUCUGGAAUAAAAUUUUAAGUGCCCUAGAGAAUCUUCUAAAAGUCUCUUUGAUUUUUGGGGUUUGGUGCCCAUUAAACUGAAAUUAGAGGUAGGCAACAAUAUUUAAACAUCUGUGAUCAAUACAAGACUAUAAAGCUUCCCAACAUAUAAGCAUAUCAAACUGUUGGAAAGAUUUUCUCUUAUUUUCAUCUCUUCUAUGACCCCCUCUUCUUCUUUCUACUAUUUUUCUGUUUCUCUCUUUCCCUGGCAUAUCUAUCUGAUGGGCAAACAUGAAGCUUUUUUUCUUGUUAUUAUUAUAUUAUCCCAAAUAUGAUUUGGGGGCAGAGGCUGAAGUGAGGCAUUUUUAAGAGGAAAAUGAAUUUUUCAUCUUUGGGUCAAAGAGAAAGGAGCUAUCCAAAUUAUUGAAUUUUUUUGUCUCAGUCAUGAGAGAAAAAAAAUACAUAGUCAAGUCCAUGUUCCAGUUCUCCCCUUUAAUGCUAGGAGCCCAGACAGAAAGCAAUGGUAAAUUAUAUUUAGCUUUUGGCAAUUAAGAUAUUUAGCUUUAAGACCUUUGAAUUAAAUUUUAACUUUGAUGGAACUACCAAUUUCCUUUUCUCUAUUACUUGGUACUACCCAAAGAGGAGAUCGCAUUGUUGAUUUCUGGGAGAACAAAGUAUGUCCUCUCUAAUAAGGAAUUAGUUCUAUCAUUCCACUUAUUACCUUCUAGUUCACUUCAAUAAAGAUGACCAUUAUUGACCUUUCCCUCUCCUUCUCUCUUCCUCCCUCUCUCCCUCUUCCUCUCUUUCUCUCCCCCUCCUACCUUCC